CAGUUACUCAACUUGGUCAAGAACGGCGUAUUUCAGGGCUUGAGUGAGACAUAAAAAGAGAUCAAAAGUUGACUUGUCGCCUGAGUUGCAGACAGCAAAUACUGUGGACUGAGGUAUGUUACUCCCUUGAUUUAUAGUUCCUUUCUGUUAAUUAACUCGAAUAACCAGUCUGUCGUCAAAAAUCUCACUGUGAUGUAGUUACCUUGAACUGUCCCAAAACAGCUGUUAGCUCAAUGUCUCACUUUCCAAAUCUAUACGCGUUUCUAUCAGUUAUAGCUAAAUCACAGGAAUGUAAUACAUGGCUCCGAAAUGUCUGCUCCCGACAGUUUUUGUCGGGUCUUUUAGUUCUGUAGGCUUAAGAGUAAUACACAGAGUGCAAAAAGAUGCAGUUUAUGAUACUGACUACAACGGUAUCAACCAUAUCGAGCCUCGUUAUAUUGGUAUUUCUUAGAUUGACAAGUUUACUUACUCUCGCUAUCGCUGUUUAUAUUCUUUACAAAGAAAGUAUAUUUUUUGUUGUAUCCUUGACAAUAAGCACCUCGUAAACGAUUAAAGUUAAACACCAACCUUAGAAAAUGUGCCAUAGACUGGUGUAUUUCUGCAUGUGUUUGUUACUGUCCCGUUUUUACAACUUAGAUAUGUUAAAAUACUUAUGAACCUCGACCAGAAUUUGAGUUCAACCAAAAAGGCAAUGUUUAUCUGGGUUAGAGAAAAAGGAAAAAAAAAAGUGCAUUCAAGACUAUUCUUUUUAUGACCAAAAUGGCGGCAAAAUAGCCGAAUCAAAUUUAUCUUUGAAAACCCUAUUUGGGGCCGCAUUACCUUUUUAUCCCGUUUUUACAACUUAGAUAUGUCGUUCGACCAGAAUUUGAGAAAAAAAAGGGGGAGAAAACAAAAGCACGUAUUCUUUAUUGCGAAUCAAAUAUCUUUGAUAUAUUACCUUUUUUAUCUUGAGUCGUUGAAGCGGAAAAUGGAUUUCACUUCUCUUCAAAAAAGAACAACUAAAACAAAGCGAACUGAAAUUAAAACUCUUCAUUUCAGUGAGCUAGACUCUUUAGCGUUGUUCUUAACAACCAAGGAAUGAACAACAAAUUUCUUCCCAAGGGUUCUCUCCAAAUCCCGAAAGAGGUAAAUCGUUAAUGUUGGAACAGACAGGGCAACCAACCAUGGUAUUUAUACAUGAAAACAGCAAAAAAGGCAAGAAAACUGAGAAUACUUUGCAAGUGCGGACUAACUGUAUAUUUUUUGGUGAAAAGAUUUAUUCUCUGUUUGAGAUUAUAAGUGUACCAGUUCAUUGCGAUGUUCGACCUCAGACUAGCGUCGAUACAGGUAUCGAUUUCCAGUGACAAGUGCCUCCGGAGUCUAUUAGCUUUAUUUUCAACCGUGAUCUGUCGUCACGUGACCCUUCUAUUACGCAAUGUUGCUUGAGAUUCGACUCUCUGAACAAAGUCUGCUCGCACACUCUCCAUCUCGAGAGGAAACGAUUGAACAGCGACCGUCAUAUUUAACUUACGAUUACGAAAUGGAGUUACUUUACGAAAAUGAUUUGGAAUUUUGCGCUCAGAUUAUACAUCCCCCGAAGCAAACUACAACUUAACUCUAUUACUGACUACUACAAAAAUUACGUUAGGGAUAAUCUUGGUAGAUAAGUAAUUAUAUGAGGCACACGAAUUUGGUUUAAAAACUAGCACUCGUACACAAUCCUUCAAGUUUUAAAGCUAUCUUGAGAGCUGCUGUUGCGACAGCGGCUACGCUUUGUGUUAUGUACAAUCUUGCAAUUCCGUUGGUGAAAAUGAAUAUACGAUACCGUAAAACAUCUUUUAAGCCCUCGGGGGGACUUAUUUAGGUUUCAGCUCCAUUUGAGGGGGGACGGGGGGGCGCUCAAUAGAGAGAGGGGGCUUAACUAAUUCAGAAAAGAAGAUGGUGUCAGUUCUCCAUAAAGAACUAGAAUAAAAAGUAGAAAAGUUUAAUUACAAGGAGGUUGGAUGUCAUGCAGCCGACGAUCAGAAUCAAAUCCGAACUUCCAGUUGGUAAACAAAACAUCCCGGAUCAGUAGAAUAAUCAGGGGGGAGGGGAGGAGGAGGGGGGCUUAAUAGAGGAUUUACGGUAAUUAAUACUAAAAGGACAAAUAAUAAAAAGGAGGGAUUACUGUCAAGUUGAAAACAAAAGGUAAAUGCGACAAACACUCUACGCGACAGGUGAUAUGCCUUAACUAAAAAUCGUUUCCCCUUGUCAUUGCUAGACAAGUAUUUCCGUUAUACCGGCCCGCAUAUGUCAUUACCAAAGGCCGAGAUAAUCAGAGGAAUAAUUCGUCUUAAUUGCAUGUUUUAGUUAGUAAACAUGGGAUGCGGGAACAGUAAAUCAACAAGAGUGGAAAACGCGCCUUUUCCAGUUAUUAAGCAAACAAAGCCGGUAGCAGCUGAGCAAGAAAAGGAAGGAAAGAUUAGUGAGCAGCCAGAAUCAGGCACUGAGUCAUCUGGUAAAGACAAACAGACUACAGACAGCAAACCAGAAAAACAUGGACCUCUUACUCCUAAACAGAUUUUAAUCGUGCAAAACACAUGGGGAAUAGUAAAGGGAUCUUCGGAUUUACAACAAAUAGGCAUCGAGUUCUACGUCAGGUAUUUUCAUACUAAAAUCUGUUAUUCUGAAAGUGUAAAGUUAUUAAUUUUUCUAAUUGAAAGAAAGGAAUGGAAUAGGUUUUAUUGGGAUCAAUGUCAAUGCUCUCCUUAGGGAAUUAAAAAGCUGAUAGGGGUUUCUUGAUCUCACAGAGACUAGCUGUCAAAAACAAGUAUUUUCUCUCGGACUAGCGCUCUGCAUGACAACACCUCUUCGCUUGUUUCAGGUCAGGGUGCGUAAAAGUGACCCAGAUUUGACAAUAACAAAAUUGAUCUUAUUAACAAAGGGAAGGUGAAUGAAUGAAUGAAGUAAUACGCAGUUUUCUAAGCCAUCACCUAUUUUCAAACUAUGCCAUUCUGCACUGACGUUGCAUCUAAUUGAUCUGUAUCCAAAAUGAAGAGUUAACACGAAAAACACAUACAAACUGUUUUUGUAAUUAGAAGAAUCAACGAUACCAAAUUCUAGCAUUUAUUCUUCUGGGGUACGUGUUUCACAUAUUUCGUACAAAUUCAUACAAGGAGGCGGAGUUAAGGUCAAAAAAGUCAGUAGGUCUGAAACAGAAUACCUAUAAACUGGUCUUUGCCGUCAAGUUCCCCUCCGUUACCGCUCAGUCAUCUACCACAACAGUUCUUGUAGGGUAAAGAUUAUAGAUUCUGGAAAGGUUAUUUAACAAUUAUUCCUCGAACCCGAAUUGGGCUAUUGACUCAGAGACCAUGAGGGCGGGAGGAAUAUUUGGUUUAGUAAAAUCCGACUAGUUGGUCAAAAAUAUCGAGACAAAACAACUUUUGCUACUUAAAGCCAGACUUAAAUCCUUUUUUGCCGCCAACCAAUCAGAACGCAGCAUUGUUAAUAGACCACUAGCUGGAUUUUACUGAUGAGGAAUAAACUUUUAUCCCCUAAUUCGUCAGUAUGGAACGUACUCAAACAAACACUGCUCAUGUUGGUCUUCGCCCAGGUUAUUCACCGAUUCGCCAGAGCUACUGCAGCUGUUUUCAUUUAGAGACAUCGAAUUAUCUGAAGACGUCUUAAGAAGCGAUGCGCGCUUCAAGAAGCAAUCACUGGUAACUAUGCAACAUGUUGAUUUGGCCGUGACCUCACUCAACGAUCUUGGCUCCGUCGUUCCUGCUCUUAAGGAUCUGGGAGCGAGGCAUAGCAUGUACAAAGUUGAAGAACACCACUAUGGGGUAUGAUUGAUUUGAACUUGAUUAUAACGUCAGCAAAAGCUUUCACCCGGCCUCUUUAGCAUUUCGCCUCGGGGGUUCUCCCUUGUGCCACCCAAAAGGGUAGGGUUUUGCGUCGUUUUGGUGUGUAAAUGGAUGUAGACUUGCCCUUUUUGGCAUGGAAUCGGAUAUAGUUUUUAAGGCAACUACGGGACUGUAUGAAGGUAUUAACGUUUCAAUUCCAAACGAGUAAGAAGGAAAGAGAAAUAUGCGAAUUCGAAAUGGAUUUUAAGAAAUCUUUUUUUUUGCUGUUCUAAUCUAAGCAAUUAUGACAUAUUUCUUUGCAGACAGGUCUAUAAACGGGUGUGAAAAAUGAUAUUGUUUGGUCUGAUGUAGGGUCAGGAUUUGGAGAACCGGGCGGCACACCCCUACAAAGAAUUCCAGGGAGUACUCCCCCGGGGAUUUCGCCUCUAUUUCCUCCUCUCAAGACUGACAACAAUAGUGGAACAAAGUUCAGAAAGUUUCAUACAAACAACAAUUGUCCAAAAAGCCUAUUGUAUGGACCUGUCAUAAGAGACAGUUUAUUUUUAGAUACAUUUUAGGGCACUUUUUUCCGGCGAUAAUAGAAUCUCCACCAUGUCUAUGAGCGCACUCGAAAAAUAAGACAUCAAAAAGGAAAACUUAAGGUUAUUAAAAGGCAAAAAUAUCAUUCUUAGGUUUGUAGGUUUUGCUGACUGGUUUGUGGAAUUCAAAAGAUAUUCAAAUUCCCCCUAAAACCGUUCUAAAAUAAACUGGUUCGUGAAAACGCCGUGACACGAGCGCGUGGAAGUUGCUCGCUCCGGGUUAUGGGCUCCUUCUUGCAAAUAUUACUUUUCAUCAGGCCCAGAUGGCAGAGAUACUACUAGAAAUUACGACCCCAUAAUUUACGGCUCUAAUUAACACAGAGCGAUCUAUCUUGGGUGUCAGUAAAAAAGAUCGUCUGACGGGGUCUUAAGUUUUUUGUAUUAUUAUGUUUCUUUGUUGUUGUUGUUGUUUUCAUCUAACUAAAGCAUAAACAUUUAUUGAAACAAAAUACGAAUUGAUCCCGACAAGAGAGGAUAAAGGGGACAGAGAAGGCAUCCCCCAUACACACCCUAUUCCAUAGGUAAUUGGUCUCGAGUUAUUUUUAGAAUGGGGAUGAAGUUACCCCGCCCGCUGCGUGGGUGUUUCGUGGAGGUUUCGCAU